AUGAACCUGACAGAAUUUAACAAGUCUGAUCGCUGUGUGCAUUUCUCCUGUCCACAGAGAUCUGUAUCUCCUGCAGUUUAUAUCUUACUGUAUGUGUGUUCAGCUGCUGUGGUUCUGCUAACAGUGUGUGGAAAUCUGCUUGUCAUCAUCUCUAUUUUUCACUUUAAGCAGCUUCACACACCAACAAACAUCCUUGUGCUCUCUCUGGCUGUGUCAGAUUUGUUUAUUGGCAUCUUUGUAAUGCCUCUGAUGCUAAUCUGGACUAUUGAGUCAUGCUGGAUUUUGGGGAAUUUUUUUUGCAACAUCUACUGGCUGAUUAAUAGUCUUCUCACAAUAUCAGUGUAUACUAUUGCUCAGAUUGCUGUGGAUCGGUAUUUGGCUCUCUCAUACCCCUUUCUCUACAUGAACAUUGUCUCUGUGAGAAUAAGUUGUGGUGUUGUUGUUUUUAGUUGGUGUGUAGUUGUGAUGUAUAUGUUAGCACUGCUAUAUUUCAAUGGUAACUUCAGAAGUUUUGUAAUGUGUCCCGGAGAGUGUUUCUCAGUUCCAAAUGAGGUUUGGACUGUAAUUGAUCUCAUAUUUUCCUUUAUAUUUCCACUGUCUGUCAUAAUCAUAUUAUAUACUCGAGUUUUUGUGAUUGCUAAGAAACAUGCCACUGCUAUCAGAGAGCUUAAUAAUCACACACAGCCUAAAACACAGAAAAUCACCUCACACUCAAUGAAAUCUGAGAGAAAAGCAGCUAAAGUCCUCGGCAUUUUAGUGUCUGUGUUUCUGGUGUGUUUACUUCCAUAUUUUAUUUACAGUUUAUUAGGCAAUGUUAUCGAAUUACAGUUUGAAACAUUUCAGAAAGUUUUAAUUACAUUUUAUCUUAACUCUACUCUUAAUCCGCUCAUUUAUGCUCUGUUUUACCCAUGGUUUAGGAGGUGUAUUAAAUUAUUUGUAACUCUCCGAAUAUUCCAAAGAAACUCUGCAUUAAUUAAUGUUCUUUCAUAA